UUAGUCGACACUAGACAGCUUAUCUCCUAUCGUUUCUCUCCUAACCCGACCAAAUCAGCAAAAGUCAUGCGCAUCACCAUGGGGGAUAAAAUAUAAACAAAACGAGAUAUCAUAAAUCAGAUGCCCAGUCGUUUUCUGAACUCUCCUCCCUGCUCCGCUUCUUCCAUUGCAUUGCAUCUUAAUUCUGACUCGAACUUGUUUCGUGGCUCGUAAUCACAAGCAAGAUGUCUCGGAAGCAAGAAGGCGUCGUAGAGAGAGGAGGAGAUGGCAAGGUGGUAUGGGACAUGGGGAGCUCGCUGUACGACUCCUACGAGCUGGCCUCGCUGUGCCGAAUCCUGGACAGGCACAUCGGCACCGACCUGCCGUCGUUGCACGGCGAGCCACGGCAGGAGGGGCUCGCCGCCGGAGCGCCGCCGCCGCCGCCUACGGAGAGGAACGGGCAGCAGGUCGUGGUGCUCAGGGACGACCGCCGAGGCAGGACCGGGACCGGCAGGAAGGUGACGCUGCGAACGCUGUUCAGGGCAGCGGCGUCAUGGGCGAUCAGGCAGAGGAAGGCGCAUGACUGUGCCUGUGUUGGCGCAGCUACCACUGGAGCAAUCCAACCGGUUGUCUCUCCGGGCCGGCCGGUAAAACUUUGAUGUUCGCCGUUCGCGUCAGUUUUUUUUUUCUUUUUUUCUGCUGGCAUUUCUAUAUGUUUAGUCAGUUUGUUUCUAUAUGUUUAGUCGGUUUGUUGCAAUCUGUGCAGCUUGUAAUGUAUCUUAUUCUCUUCUAAAUGGUUGUUGAUCAUGGAGCAACAAUAUCUAGUCCAACGGUGCACAUCACCAUCCGAGCUAGCAUUGUGCACCACGUGUUAUCCUUGUUAGAUAAUGUUAGUUAGUUUGUUAUAGAGAUAGAUUAGUUCUGUUACCGCAUGUACUUUCUUGUAUCUAUCUCUAUAUCCAGGAUUGUCUCAGGUUGUUGAGAUUAAUCCUAUCCUUUGUACACGCCACGGUAGAGGCUCUUUCUGCCUAUAUCAACAAAGGUGCGGCCCCGUACAGGGGUUCAACGCUUCUCAU